CGCGCGGGAGGCGCAGGGGCUGAGUCCCUUUCCACCUGCCGGCGCGAGCGCAGCGCCAUGGGCGGCCGCCAGCCGGGGGAACGCCGGGCUGAGCCCCGCUGAGCCCACCGGGCCGGCCAUGGGCGACCGCGAGCGCAACAAGAAGCGGCUGCUGGAGUUGGUGCAGGCGGCGGGCACCGGCAACUCUCACUGUGCCGACUGCGGGGCGGCGGAUCCUGACUGGGCCUCCUACAAGCUGGGCAUCUUCAUCUGUCUGAAUUGCUCCGGCGUCCACCGCAACUUCCCAGACAUCAGCAGAGUUAAAUCCGUGAGACUUGACUUCUGGGAUGACAGUACCGUGGAGUUUAUGACCCACAACGGGAACCUCCGUGUGAAGGCCAAGUAUGAAGCCAGAGUCCCUGCUUUCUACUAUAUCCCCCAGGCCAACGACUGUCUGGUCUUAAAGGAACAGUGGAUUCGAGCUAAGUAUGAAAGACAGGAAUUCAUGGCCGAUGGGAAAACCAUCUCACCCCCAGGUAACCGAGAAGGGUUCUUGUGGAAGCGGGGAAGAGACAAUGCGCAGUUCCUGAGAAGGAAGUUUGUUCUCCUGGCAAGAGAAGGCCUCCUGAAAUACUAUACUAAAGAAGAGGGUAAAGGCCCCAAAGCUGUCAUCAGCAUCAGAGACUUGAAUGCCACCUUUGAAACAGAGAAGAUAGGGAACCCCCAUGGGCUGCAGAUCACCUACAGGAGAGAGGGCCACAUCAGGAACCUGUUCGUGUACCACGAAAGUGGGAAGGAGAUAGUGGACUGGUUCAAUGCCCUCCGUGCAGCCCGUCUGCAGUACCUAAAAACGGCCUUUCCUGAGCUCCCAGAGUCUGAGCUCGUGCCCCUCAUCACCAGGAACUACCUCAAACAAGGCUUCAUGGAAAAGACGGGCCCAAAGCAGAGAGAACCUUUCAAGAAAAGGUGGUUUGCCCUGGAUCCCCAGGAGCGGAGGCUGCUCUAUUACAAGAACCCACUGGAUGCCUUUGAACAGGGCCAGGUCUUUCUUGGGAGCAACGAGCAGGGGUAUGAUGUAUAUGAAGACCUGCCCAAGGGCAUCCGAGGGAACCGCUGGAAAGCUGGCCUCACCAUCAUCACCCCUGAGCGGAGGUUCGUCUUCACCUGCCCCAGCGAGAAGGAGCAGCGGGAAUGGCUGGAGAGCUUUCAGGAUGUCCUCUCCCGCCCCCUGACGCCCCUCAACCUCCUCGAUUUUUGUUGGUGACAAAGUUUGGCAUUAAAAAUGGGGUGUUUUCCCCAGGCGGCUGCUUAAGAUGGAGGAGGGGCAGGUCCUGGGGCUCAAUGGCGGGGGCCAUCUCCUGGGCCACCUGGAAGCCACUGUGUCUAAACAGGUGCUGCUGGGCUGGAAGGUUGUAGUGGUGCACUAUGAGGGCAUCAGCACUUCUGGCAAUUUCUACAAAAACAUUAAGUACCUGGCUUUCCUCCACAAGCCGCUGAGCCUCAACCCAUCCCGUGGCCCAUCCCCAGAGCCCAGCCGCAUCUUCUGGAGGACAGUGUAAGGCCAGCUGCCCCACAGGACCAUGGGAGGCCAGGCUUCCCUGGACCGCCUCAAUGUGUUUGAUGGGAUCUUGCCACCCUAUGACAAGAAAAAAGGGAUGGUGGUUCCCGGUGCCCUCAAGGUUGUGGGUCUGAAGCCUACACAAACAUUUCCUUACCUGAGCACCUGGCUCACGAGGUGGGCUGGAAGUGCCAGGCUGUAACAGCCACCCUGGAGGAGAAGAGGAAGAAGUCCAAGAUCCAUUAUGGGAAGAAAAAGCAUCUCAUGAGGCUACAGAAACAGGCCAAAAACAAUGUGAAGAAGAAGACCGACAAAUACACAGAAGUCCUUGAGGCCCACGGACUCCUGGUCUGAGCCCAAUGAAAUUGUUUAUUCCUCAAUAAAUAAGUGAGGGAAGGAAUGAAUGAAUACACAAACAAAUAAACAUUAAAAUAGGG